UAUUGUCAGAACAGAACCCCUAGCAAGGUAAAGGUGUUGGUUGUUCAUAAACAGCACAACCGCUCUCAAAAAAGCCAUCGGUCUCUGACAGACCCACAACACAGGGUUUAGGGUUUUGGAUGAUGCUCAGGGUCUGGAAAUGGUACCAGAGCUGCCUCUCUCAGCAUCCAUUGAAGACCCAGGUCAUCAGCUCCGGCGUCCUCUGGGGCGUCGGCGACAUUGCUGCCCAGUACAUUACUCACUCCACCACAAGAAACCGUCUUCAGCUCUCUCACGACAAAGCUGAAGAUUUCAAAGUUAACUGGAAACGAGUAGCUAUCACAAGUACAUUUGGCUUUGCUUUUGUUGGACCCGUUGGCCAUUUCUGGUACGAAAACUUGGACAAGUUCAUAAAGUUGAAGCUUCACCUAAAACCUAAUUCAGCCCGGUUUGUUGCUGCUAAAGUGGCAAUGGAUGGUCUUAUCUUUGGCCCCCUUGAUUUGUUGGUGUUCUUCACCUACAUGGGAUUUUCCACUGGCAAGAAUGCUGAUCAAGUGAAGGAAGAUUUGAAGAGAGAUUUCAUACCAGCCCUUAUUUUGGAGGGUGGCGUGUGGCCAAUUGUUCAAGUUGCAAAUUUCAGAUAUGUUCCUGUGAGGUAUCAGCUCCUCUAUGUUAAUAUCUUCUGCCUGUUGGACAGUGCCUUUUUGUCAUGGGUCGAGCAACAAAAGGAUGCUGCUUGGAAGCAAUGGUUAACAUCUUUUACAUCUUUUAAAGACCGAUAAGUUUAGGGUAGGUUAUGAUUCAUCAUCUUCCCCACUCAUGUUUUUCUUUCCUUCUCUUCAGUUUAGUGUACUGCAAACCAAGAGAAUGUGUUUAAAAAAGAAGUUUAGUGCCCACCACAGCUAAAACCUGCAUUUUUUAUGUUGGGAUUUUGGAGAUUGAUGUAAUUGUUUUCAAGUUGCAUGUGUUCACUGUGACUUAUACAAUGAAAGAAACAACAGAGCUUAGCCUUUGAUUUGACA